AUGUCACAUGUAAAUCAAGACUGGUCUGAAUUUUCAGUGUUGGAGAUAAUGUUGCCGGAGAGAAGAAGUACGGUCGCUUCUUAUCUGAAUCCAUCUGAUUUACCUUGUGAAGUUGCACUUGCCGAAUCUGCCAAUCACAUACUUGAGCCUCAGGAGUAUUUAAACUUCAAGCGGUUUUCGUUAGGCUUUGUUGAGACAGAGACAUACGAUAAACCUAGAUUUGGAGGGCAUCAAACGCUCAAGGAAAGAGAGAGAUCUUACUCUGCCACAAAUCAAACAGUUCACUGUGGUUUUGUCAAAGGAGCGAAUGGGUUUCAUCAGGGUACUGGAUUUGAUUUGAGCGAAAUGGAUAGAGCCUACAUGAAGAACUGUGUAGUCUCUGUGUCUUCUUGCAUUUUUGGAAGCUCUGAUUUUUUAAGGAGACCUGCAAGCAAAAAGAUCAGUGAAUUCUCAAAGCGGAAUGUUUGUUUUGUGAUGUUCGUUGAUGAGCAAACACUAUCGAAGCUGGCUAGUGAAGGACAUGUUCCUGACAAGCAAGGGUUCGUUGGUCUGUGGAAAACUGUAGUAGUGAGCAAUUUGCCUUACACCGACAUGCGAAAGACUGGGAAAGUUCCAAAGUUUCUGUCACACCGCCUUUUUCCUUCUUCUAGGUAUUCGAUUUGGAUAGACAGUAAGAUGAGACUUACUACAGAUCCUAUGCUGAUCAUUGACUUCUUCCUAUGGAGAACAAAGUCAGAGUUCGCUAUCUCUAACCAUUAUGACCGGCAUUGUCUUUGGGAUGAGGUGUUACAGAACAAACGUCUGAACAAGUACAACCACACGGCCAUCGAUGAGCAGUUUAUGUUCUACAGAUCAGAUGGACUCAAGAGAUUUGACCCUUCAGAUCCUAAUUCUCCUCUUCCAAGCUGUAAGGCUCAUACACCAAUGUCGAACCUCUUCUCAUGCCUUUGGUUCAAUGAAGUUGAUCGGUUUACAUCGCGAGAUCAAUUGAGUUUUGCAUACACAUACCUUAAACUUCAGAGACUCAAUCCAGAUAGACCACUACGCCUAUACAUGUUCAAGGAUUGUGAGCGUCGAGCAUUAACUAAACUCUUCCAUCAUCGUGUAGAUUCAUCACCUCCUUCACCUCCUGCUUGAUUGAUCAAGUAAAGAUACUUCUCUACAAAUUUUGUGUUCAUAAACUAUUCAAAGUAUCAAUACUUUAUCUACUUUUAACCUCACUUGUUAGAGACUUACUGACUUGUAAGGACUGAGCUUUAGAAAUAACUAUUAGUGACUUGCAUCUCCUUUAGAUUGAAAACAAAGAAGAAACAUACAAAACCAUUAUAGUUGGCCAUUGUGAGUUUUUUUUUUGUUUGCUGUUUUGAGAUGAUUAAACAUGAAUUGUUUCUUGUUUAUUUUUGAUCUUCUUAUCUUAUUUUAAAACCAGUCUCUUUUGGGAUCACUCUGUUCCUCAAGUUUUGCUGUUUGAAUAGAUAAUAAUGAUAUCA